AUGUUCACGUCGUCUUGGUCUAAUCCUCAACAAAACCAGCAGCAACAGCAGCAGCCAAGUGCCUUUGGACAGCCUUCUGCUUUCGGCUCAACGACCAAUAAUGCCUUCGGAACUACAAGUACUUUUGGUCAACCCCAGCAGACACAGCAGCAACCACAAGUGAACCCCAUGUUCGGCAACAUUGGUACAACGCCAGGCACCAAUACUAACGCGGGCGGAGGGUUUGGCACUUUCGGCGGUGCCACCAACACGACCAAUGCGUUCAGCGCAAAACCAGCCACCGGAUUUGGCGCGUUUGGCGGGGGGACGAGUGCUUUUGGUGGAGGCACAACGACAAGCGCGUUUGGUCAACCCGCAACUAAUACUGCCACCACUUCUGUCUUCGGACAACCGGCAAACACGGGUGCCACGAGCGCGUUCGGUGGAGGAAACUCGUUGUUUGGCGGUAAUAAACCAACAUUUGGCAGUUCCCUAGCAGGCGCCACAACCACUACGCACCCUACAGUUAACACCGGAACAGCCAACCCGGCCUACAAUGUCACAACUGAGAAAGACGGCACCACUCUACUCCAGUUCCAAACCAUCUCAUGUAUGCCUCAGUAUGCUGGCUACUCACUCGAGGAAUUACGGGUGCAAGACUACGCUCAGAACCGCAAAACGGCUACGACAAGUGCUUUCGGCUCAACGGCGUUUGGUACAGCGCAGCCUGCCACUACGAGCGCCUUCGGAGCCCAGGCAGCACAGCAACCAUCCUUAUUUGGUGCAACCAACACGAAUGCCAACGCAGGAUUUGGCACCUUUGGGCAAACGACCACCCAACCAGCUUCCACGACCACGAAUUCGUUAUUUGGGGGCACAGGUGCGUUCGGGCAGACUCAACCAGCACAGCAGCAACCAAGCGCAUUUGGAACGACCAAUGCCUUUGGGCAGCAACCCCAGCAACAAUCGAACAUCUUCGGCGGCGGUACUACUAAUCCGGCAUUUGGGAACACGGGGAAUAAGCCAGCGUUCACGCCAUUCGGAACUGGCACAACAGCCAAUGCGUUUGGAACAACACCUGCCUUUGGCAAUACACAACAGCAACAGCAACAACCGGGACAACCAGGUGGAUUGUUUGGUAAUACUCAACCAGCGACCAAUACGAACGCGUUCGGAACCUUCGGAAAUACUGCCAAUGCCAAUAAGCCAUCAAUAUUUGGACAGCCCGCAACGACAACGCAGCCCACAACCAAUGUGUUUGGCACUGGAGGAGCAUUUGGCACGACCCAACCUCAGCCAAACCAACAACCCCAGCAGACUUCAAUCUUCGGCAACAGCCUGUUUGGCACUAACACCCAGCAGCAGCAACAGCCACAGACUCAACAGCAGCCAGCUCAAACUUCUAUUUUUGGCAGCACCAACACCACAGCGCCAGCAGCAGCACCCUCACUUUUUGGGACCCAAAAUCAAGGAACCAGUCUCUUUGGUAAUGCACAACAGCAAGGGCAGCAGCAGCAGCAGCAAGGGCAACAAAACACCAACCCCUUCGGAAACCUCUUUGGAGUAAAACCUGCGCAGCCCACCACAAAUUUGUUUGGAAGCACAAAUCAACCUGCUGCAGGUCAGAUCCAGCAGCCUUCGCUCUUUGGCAACAAUACGUUCGGUCAGUCCACGGCAGGCAGCAACCUCUUCGGGACCAAGCAACCUGCUGCCCCUGCCCUUGGUAACUCGUUCUCCGGAAGCCAGAUGGGUGGCACGAACCUGUUUGGUGCUUCUGUUAUUGCGCCAGGAGCUCAAGGGACGCUCACCGCAUCCAUCACACAACCGAUUGGCGAGAACCUGCCGAUAUUCGCCAUGCUACCCCCCGGUCCGCGGAUCGUCGACCUUGACCAGAGCGCGCCGAAGAAAAAGGCCGGGUUCUUCCUCGAUAUGCCUACGCGAUCCCCGGUCCCGCGCGUGCAGCUCGGGUUCACACCGGCGAACUCGAAGCUGCGCGGGUUUGGAUCAUCGACUUCGCUGACGUCAUCGACGCUCGCAGGUAGCUCGUCGGGCUCGUUCACGUCUGGCAAGCCGGGUGUUCUGUCAUUAAACAAGUCGGAGGCCAGAGGAACAUCUGUUGGCCCUGAUUUCCUUGGACGCAGUGGCAGCCCGUCGUUGGGAAGUGGUGGAAGGCAGAGUGUGAAGAAGGUUAUCCUUGACAAGAAAGUCGAGCCAUCAGAGUUGUUCGUGAAGUCAGGUAGCCCAGGUACCAUGCGAACAGGCAAAGUCACAUUCAGCCCCGCUCUGAGUGUGGCAGCACGAGAAAAGGACGCUGCUAACCCACCGCCGCUGCCCGGUAGUGGGUUGGAAUCACCAACACCUGCAUCACGCAAACAGCACCAGCACACGCCCAACCGGUUCACUGCACAGGGCACGAAAGAGGCUCCGGUGAUAGAAGGGGAGCUUGGUGAGGGUGACUAUUAUGUGAAGCCUGACCUUGCGACUCUGAAGACGGCCGGUCACAGCCAGCUCUCAGCCUUUGAAGGUUUGGUGGUUGGCAGGAAAGGAUACGGUACAAUUCACUUCCUCGAACCUGUCGACCUCACAGGUCUGCCAAAACUUGGUGCUCUUCUAGGUGAGGUGGUGCGAUUCGACGAUAAGGAGUGCAGCGUGUACCCCGACAGCGAAGAAGUGGAUAAGCCACCGCCCGGAUCAGGGCUGAAUGUAAAGGCAAGGCUUGCCCUCGAGAGGUGCUGGGCCGUGGACAAGGCAACUCGGGAACCAAUCACGGACGAGAAACACCCAGCGGCCAUCAAGCACCUGAAGAGGCUCAAGAACAUGAAGGAUACACAUUUCGAGAGCUUUGAUAUGAAGACUGGGACAUGGACGUUUACCGUGGACCAUUUCUGA